CAUUAUAAAUUGUAAUCGAAAGCAAACAAAAACUAAUAAAAAAUAUCUCUUCUCUGCUGCCAUGGCUUCAGAUGAUAAUGAGGUAGUGACCGAUCUCUAUCCCAUUUUCCGACUCUACAGAAACGGUCGCGUUGAACGUUUCAACGAAUAUUUUAACGUGUUCUAUGUUCCCCCGUCAUUGGAAGAUCCAGCCACGGGCGUCUCUUCUAAAGACGUUAUCAUCUCAUCUCAUGUUUCUGCUAGACUUUACCUUCCAAAAAAUAUUAAUGUUACCUCCAAUGAAAAAAUUCCAAUAUUAGUAUUUUAUCAUGGUGGCGGACUUGUUCUUGGAUCAGCUUUUUUCAACAAGAUGCAUCGUUUUCUGAAUCAUUUGGUUUCCGAAUCAAAUGUGAUUUGUGUCUCUGUAGAGUACAGACUAGCACCGGAGAAUGAUUUGUCAAUAUUAUACGAAGAUUGUUGGACUGCCCUUCAAUGGGUUGCUUCUCACAGUGAACAUGAGAACCCCAACAAUAGUAACAAAGAUUCAUGGUUAACUAGCUAUGGUGAUUUUAACAGGGUGUUCAUUGCCGGGGAUAGCGCUGGAGGUAACAUAGUCUAUCACAUGGCUAUGAGAGCUGGCAGAGAAAGCUUAAAUGGAAACGUUAAAAUCUUGGGUUCGAUUCUCGCGUGUCCCUAUUUCUUGAUGCCAGAUAAAAGUCUUGAUAUGCAGGGUAAUGAGGUGUACCGUUUAUGGAUCAACAUAUGUCCAGAAUUGGAAUCGGGAUUAUCGGCAAUUGAUAGUCCAAUGAUUAAUCCACUUGCUGAAAAGGCGCCAAGUCUAUCAGGCCUAGGUUGCUCGAGGUUGUUUAUGGCUAUUGCUGAGAAAGAUGUAUUGGUUCCUCGAGAAAUUAUGGUUCGAUUUGUUGCAGGUGUGAAGAAGAGUGGAUGGAAUGGUGAAUUGGAGUUCUUUGAAGUUGAAGGAGAAGAACAUUGCUUCUUUGUAGAGGAUCCUGAAGCUGAGAAAGCUAAAGAUUUGAUCAAACGGUUUGCUUCUUUCAUCCAACAUAAGUGAGCAUCUGUUUUAACGAUUGUAGAUUGUGUGAGAAACUUGUACUGGCUUUGGUCUAGUAGUAAAAAUGCAAUGCGCUAUAUGUAGAUCGGGUGCACCUCAUAAGUUUGAAUUCUGUCUUUGACAAAAGCGUUGUGUGUUUAAGUGGAAAAGAGUGAAAGAAUGAUCCAUUAUUUACUGAAUUCCGAACCUUGCACACCAGUUCUUGGGAAUUUCUUAGUUAUAUGAAUAAAAAGUCUCUUAUCACUAGUACUUCUAUAUACUAGUCUA